CCGGCCUCAGCCCCCGCAGAAUGUCCUCGCUGGCCCGCGGCUUCGAGCCCCAAGUUCCCGAGGACUUGGGGCGGCGGAGUUUGGCGGAGCUGCGGGAGAUGUUGAAGCGCCAGGAGAGACUUUUGCGCAACGAAAAAUUCAUUUGCAAAUUGCCCGACAAAGGUAAAAAGAUCUCAGACUCUAUUGCCAAACUGAAAGCUGCCAUUGCAGAAUGUGAAGAAGUUAGAGGAAAAAGAGGACUGUUUCAUCCUGUUAGUUUAGACUGUAAGCUAAGGCAAAGAGCAGUUGCAGUUGUUGAUGUGGACACAGGAAAGGCCCAGAAUUCUGACCAGAUACUUGAUACUUCAUCACUAGUUUGUGGCUCUUCCUCUGUAAGUAGCAUCAAGUCAUCUAAAACCACCUCACAACAGCGGGGACUUGUACAGCCUCCUCCGGAAGGCGAUGAAGAGGCUCCAGACGUUGAGUACACCGUAAGCAUAUGCCCAGCUUCCAGCAGCAGGGCCAGUGCGCCUUCCUCCUCCGAAGCUAGUGAGCGUCUCCCUCAGCAUCAGGUUUCAAGGCAAGCAGAAGAUAAUUCGAGCGGCUCUGACAACCUGUUUAUUGAUAGGUUACAAGGGAUCACAAUUGUGGACUCAGGUGAAGAGCACUCAGAAGAGGACUGGAGUGCUGAGAACGUGGCAAGGCUUGGUAGUGGGGCCCAGAAGAAGCCUCAUUUCAUGGAAGUGCUAGCAAUUCGAGCCAAAAACCCGGUGCCCCCACCACAUAAAUUUAAAACAAAUGUAUUACCUUCACAGCAAAAUGAUUCAUCUGGUCAUUGGCAGAGAGGAGGGUCUCCCGUCUCCUCGGAAGAAAGGCGGCUCAGGGAUAAGAAGCAUCUUGAUGACAUUACAGCAGCCCGGCUUCUGCCACUUCACCAUAUGCCCACACAGCUGCUCUCCAUAGAAGAAUCUUUGGCACUUCAGAAACAGCAGAAACAGAGUUAUGAGGAGAUGCAAGCCAAACUCGCAGCACAAAAAUUAGCUGAAAGACUGAACAUAAAGAUGCAGAGCUAUAAUCCAGAAGGGGAGACUUCAAGGAAGUACCGAGAAGUGAGGGACGAAGAUGACGAUCAGUCCUCUGGAGAUGAAUUCUGAAGAUGGGCAAUGGAAUCAUUGCCUAAAUCUCUGCCUGUUGAGUUGUCAUGAUCUUACAUCAGACUUUCAAACAAGUAUCAAGAUCGGUGUCAGACAUUGUCGAGGGAAGGAAUUUUUUUUAAGUUACACAAAGGUAGCUAUAAAAAUAGCCCAGUUUGUCUUUCAGAAGAUGACUUUCAUGUACUUAAAAAGUUUAAUAUUUGAAUAUUGUGUUUUAACCAUAUUGUAUUAAAGUUUUGCAGUAUGUUGUGUGUUGGUCUGAUAUUUUAGUACAUAGUAAGCACAGUAUUUUUUUCCUCUAAGCCAAAUGAAGCAGGUAACUGCUCUUUUCCUGAUUCUUACCUCUUUGGAAUAGCAUUUAUUACAUUUAUUACAUGCCUUUCAGUGAAAUAUUUGGUUGCCCCAGGCAUCACCUAAAAUGAAUUAGGAAGAUAAAGUUCCUUCCUUUUUCGAGUAAUGGAGGGAGCAGUCUAGAGAAUUUUAAUGCAUGUUUGCAUGGGGUUAAUGAGGUGUAUUGGAUGUGAAAUACCUAGGAAGACACUUAAUAGAGAAUUCUGAAAUGUUUGUUUCCUUCUUCUGUCUUCCCUUAGGAAGAAUGUUAUCUUCUGAUUAGGAAUAGGAGUACUUUUAGUUGGUGCUAGAGGGUGGAUGGUCUUUCUGGAUGAUCACAUUUGCCUGGAGUGACAUGAGGUAUAGGAAAAGUCUAGGGUGACUGUAGAUGAAGGGAGGAGCUGUUCUUAGGCUUGACCUGACUUGAGUUCAUUGCUCUAAGAGGUGACAGGUUCAGUUUGGUAAGAGAACCAAUUUUUUUUUUUUUUAAGCUACAGUUGAAUUGUCAAUGCAUUGCCUUUCCCCCCCCCCCAAGAGGCAUAUAUAGGCUACAGAAAUCUCCGUCUCAUAUGUAUACACGUUUAUGUAAUUUUAAAGGAUUACUUGGUUGUUAUCAGAGAUUCUUUGUUUAACAUAUUGGAGAUUUUAAACAGUGUUGAAAGGAAGAAUAAAAUAUUAAUUAGAGCAACUUCAUAAUGUUAAUGGUGAUGUUUUACGGGUGUUUAAGUUUAACUUGCUUUAAAAGAGACUUUCAUAUAUGACAUUUUCCUGCAAACAGACUUAGGAGUGCUAGGAAGGGCUCGGUUCUCUAGCAUGGACUUCCAGGUACAGCUACUGCUUUCCAUCCCCCUCCCAUCCCCUCCCCCCAGCACCCCUCCCCCCAGAAAUGUAAAAAUAUACUGAGCUAACAAAUUUAUGAUUUCUGCUUUUAAAAACUAGUAGUAAAUGGAUUUCACAACAUAAAAUUAUUCUUUAGAGAAUAGAAGGAUACACAUCUGGAAAGCCAAGUAAUGUGGAAGUGCUCCCAUGCAUGGACACACAGUCCCCUGUAGUCGGAUCACCCAGAGAGCGCCUCUGUUAAGGUUUGGGUAUAUGCACUUUACAUACUCUUCUAUACGUUUCUAUUUUCAAUAAUGCAAUCAUACUGUACAUUGUUUCACAGUCUGCUCUAUGUAUGGUAAACAUUUUCCAUAAUAGAUAUUUUGCCUUUGAGAUAGCUACAGAAUAUUCAAUUUUAUGGGUGUGCCAUAACUUUUAAAAUCAACUUAUUAUUUAACAAUUUGAUCGUUACAAUGUAAACUGUAAACAACGAUGUGAUUAACAUCUUAAAAGAUAAUCACGUUGUACAAAAAUGAUUUCUUUCCAGAAGAUACCUUUAUAGAAGUGAAAUUGCUAGUUGGGAGUAUAGGUAAGUUUUUGAGAUUUUUGAUCUACAUCACUCACCACAAAGAUUGUGUCCCUUUAUAUUCCUCCGAGCAUAUCAAACUCCCAGAACUGAAAAUUGCUAUUUAAAGUGUUUGCAAACUGAAUAAUUACAGGAAAGGAUGGUUUUUAAAAUUUAUGUUUCUUUGAUUGCUUAAUGAAGAGUAUUUUUUCAUGUUUAUUGACCAUUUAUGUUCAUUCUUCUGAGCAUUGCUUAUUCAUAUCUUCACUGAAUUUUCUUGGAGAAUGUGCUGUUUUUAUUGGUCUAUAAAUUCUUAAUAAUUAAAAUGUCCAGCUUUUGUCCUA